CGCACCGCAGUGUUGACUCCGACUCCGCCUGAUACUCCGACAAGCACAAGUGAUAUGGAAAUAGAGGAGUUGAGUUCACACUGCAUUGUGGAAGGGGAGAACAAGGAAGAAGCAGACAUCCAAUCCCGACCUCGGAUACUGCUUGGAUGUUCACACAAACAUACACCAAAGCAAAAGCGUCCCUCCAAUCCCCUUCAAUCGAAACACCCACCCUCUUCUCACAAGAAACAGUCGACCACGAAGCGAAUCAGCGGUGGGAUACGGAAGGAGUCCCUACGCGCAAACACUCGAUGAUCACACGGUCGAUGAGACGGCACAGACGAAAUGCCCACACGCCGGACUAAGCUCUCCGAGGUUAAGGUCGAGAAAGCUAGGGAUGAUUGGUGGGAAGGAAACCAUAGGGGUGGAUGCAGCUUUCAAAUGCGACUCUCCAAGGCUCCUGUACCAGCACCCAAAAUGGAGCUCGAGGAUAUUGAUGACGGAGUUGAUGUUUCGAGGAGGGACAGCGCAUUCACAUAUGACAAUCCGUUCUAGAGUGGUAGCUCUCCUCCACCAGUCUUAGACUCUAGAGAAAAGAAGAGAAGGGGCUUAGGUGUUAGGCUAGCAAGGACCUGGCUAAACGGAAGAGCAGCUCCACGACAAGACGCCGGAUUGAAACACUAAGGGUGUGUUUGGCUCACGGAUGUGGGUGGGAAUGGAGAAGGCUGUACCACCAAAAGUUUAAGCCGAGUGUGAAUAGAGUGUUGAAUAGAGAGAACUGUUUUGCUCACUAAGGAAUAGAGGACUCUAUUCAAAUCGAAUGGAAUAGAAUGACUCUAUUCGCGAAUAGGCCUAACAAAAAAUGAAUAUGCA